AUGUAUUUGGAAACUAGAAGGGCUAUUUUUGUUUUUUGGAUUUUUCUCCAAGUUCAAGGAAGCAAAGAUCGCGCCAUUAAAAUAUACCAUUCUGAAACUAAAGACAUAGACAAUGCCCCAAGAAUCGAAACAACUGAAAGUACUGCAAAAAUGUACAAAAUGUCAACCAUGCAACGAAUAUUCGAUUUGGCCAAGCAUCGAACAAAAAGGUCAACAUUUUUCCCAACUGGGGUUAAAGUCUGUCCACAGGAAUCCAUGAAACAGAUUGUAGCCAGUCUUCAAGCUUAUUAUAGAUUGAGAGUGUGUCAGGAAGCAGUGUGGGAAGCAUAUCGGAUCUUUCUGGAUCGCAUCCCUGACCCAGGGGAACACCAGGACUGGGUCAGCCUCUGCCAGCAGGAGACUUUCUGCCUCUUUGACAUUGGAAAAAAUUUCAGCAAUUCCCAAGAGCACCUGGAUCUUCUUCAGCGGAGAAUAAAACAGAGACGCUUCCCUGAGAGAAAAGAUGAAAUAUCUACAGAGAAGACAUUUGAAGAGCCUGGUGAGACCCAUGGGUUUUCUACCGUUGUUGCCCAUGGCUCCCUUGGACCCUUCCCGCUCACUCUGGAUGACACACUCCUCAAUGACACCAAGAUGCCUACAAUAGGAAGAAAAGCAGAAUCCACUAAGGUACCCGAGGGCCCACUGGAGCAGAAGGUGGAGCUGAGCAUCACGCUGGCAAACCAGAAGUUCAAGGCAGAACUCAUGGACUCCCAGUCCCCAUAUUAUCAGGAGCUGGCAGCGAAGUCUCAACUCCAGAUGCAAAAGGUAUUUAAGAAACUUCCAGGAUUCAAAGAAAUCCAUGUGCUAGGAUUUAGACCAAAGAAAGGAAGAGAUGGUUCAAGCUCCACAGAGACACGACUUAUGGCCAUCUUUAAGAGAGACGGUGCAGAAGUAAAAAGCCCUGCAAGUGACCUCCUGUCUUUUGAUUCCAACAAAAUUGAAAGUGAAGGAGUUCUUCAUGGAAUGAUGGAGGAGGACAAGCAACCAGAAAUCUAUCUCACAGCUUUAGACCUCAAAAAGCUGAUCAGCCGAGCAGUAGAGGAAGACAAAUCCUUGGAUGUGGAAACAAUUCAGUUCAUUGAUGAAUAUUUUGGGUCACUGCCAGACUCUGAUCCUGACUCCCACUCAGGGCUGCCUACACUUCUGGCUGAUAUCAUAAAGGAUGCUACUUUGAGUCCAGAACUUCCUUUUGGUCAAUCCAGGCUUGAGACAGUGGACAGAACAGGACACAGUAUACCUGGCAGUUCUGGGUCUCCACCUGCCAAGGCCUCUGCUUCUCUAUCAGACACUCUACCCUUCUUUACUGCAUCAAGCAUCUUCUCUCUGACUGAUCAAAGUGCCACAGACAUAAUGCCCAUUGACCAGACCGUACUAAUCCCAGGACUAACCAUCCCCACGGAUGACUAUUCUGCCAUCAGCCAAUCAGCUCUGGAAAUUUCACAUUCAACUGCAUCUUCAGGCAGCCAAGAUAUCAUGAGAGACUUAGACAUAAUGGGUCUAACUAGUGCUCCUGCCUCCUCUGACGUACCAAGACUCAGGGGGGAUGUUUCUACCCCAGGUCAUUUCUUGGAGAAUACCACUCCUAACCCAGCUUUACAGUACAUCACCACUAGUUCUAUGACCAUGGCCACCACGGGCCAAGAACUGGUAGUGUUCUUCAGUCUGCGAGUUGCUAACAUGCCCUUCUCCAACAACCUGUUCAACAAGAGUUCUCUGGAGUACCAAGCUCUGGAGCAACAGUUCACACAGCUGCUGGUUCCAUACCUACGCUCCAAUCUUACAGGAUUUAAGCAACUUGAAAUACUUAACUUCAGAAAUGGGAGUGUGAUCGUGAAUAGCAAAAUGAGGUUUGCUAAGUCGGUGCCCUAUAACCUCACCAAGGCUGUGCAGGGGGUCUUGGAGGAUUUUCGUUCUGCUGCAGCCCAACGACUUGACCUAGAGAUAGACAGUUACUCUCUCGACGUUGAACCAGCCGAUCAAGCAGAUCCCUGCAAAUUCCUGGCCUGCGGUGAAUUUGCCGAGUGUGUAAAAAAUGAGCAGACGGAGGAAGCAGAGUGUCGCUGCAGACCAGGGCGCGAGAGCCAGGGGCGCCGGCAGCACGGGGACCCAGGCCUCUGUGCCCCCGCGGAGGAAUGUGAGGUCAUCCAGGGAAAGGGAGCUCCAUGCAGGUCGUCAGGUCACUCUAAAAAUCAAGCAUACAAAACUAGUGUCAAAAAGUUCCAACAUCAGCAAAAUAACAAGAUAAUCAAGAAAAGAGAUUCUGAAUUACCGACUGGAGGAUAUGAAGAAUUUAACUAUCAAGAUUGGGAAGGAAAUUAAAAACUAAAAAUGUACAGAUUAUAACUUAAUCUGUCUCAAGAGAAAUGGUUUGCUUUCUCAAGGUAAAUUGUAUCCACUGUGUUAAAAUUCUGAAAACAUAGGCAGGCAUAUUCACUGGUCAUCAGAAUCCAG